UCUGGCUGGCUGUUUCCCUGGGACUCCACCCCUCCGUCAGAUGAAGGCAUGGCGAGCAUAGAGGAGCUUAAAGAGUGUGAGACGGAAGGCUGCGACAAGGACGCCAAACUUCAGUGCCCCACGUGUAUUAAGCUUGGCAUUCAAGGCUCAUAUUUCUGCUCACAGGAAUGUUUCAAAGGAAGCUGGGUCUCUCACAAGUUGCUUCACAAAAAAGCAAAAGAAGAAAAGAACCAGAUUGCGCCUAAAAACUGUGUGGAGAAAGACGUCAGCACCGACCCAUGGCCUGGCUACCGCUUUACAGGACAACUUCGUCCUCACUACCCACUCACACCUUUGCGGCCUGUACCCAGUGACAUCCAAAGACCUGACUAUGCUGAUCAUCCCAGAGGGAUGUCUGAAUCUGAACAGUUUCUAAAAGGAACAUCACAAAUUAAGAUCCUCUCUCCUGAGGACAUCGAGUGCAUGAGAGUGGUAUGCAAGCUAGCAAGAGAAGUCCUUGACAUUGCAGCUCUAAUGGUGAAACCAGGUGUUACAACAGAAGAAAUUGACCACGCAGUACAUCUGGCUUGUACAGCAAGGCACUGCUACCCUUCUCCUCUAAACUACUACAACUUCCCCAAAUCCUGUUGCACGUCUGUCAAUGAAGUCAUCUGCCAUGGAAUCCCAGACCGAAGACCGCUACAAGAUGGCGAUAUCCUUAAUGUGGACAUCACUGUCUACCACAACGGAUUCCAUGGUGAUCUCAAUGAGACCUUCUAUGUUGGAGAGGUGGAUGAAGGCUCAAAGAAACUGGUUCAGACGACCUAUGAAUGCCUUAUGCAAGCUAUAGAUUCUGUGAAGCCUGGCGUUCGCUACAGAGAGCUCGGUAACAUCAUCCAAAAGCACGCUCAGGCCAGCGGUUUCUCUGUGGUGCGAAGCUACUGCGGCCAUGGUAUCCACAGGCUUUUCCACACUGCUCCGAAUGUGCCACAUUAUGCCAAAAACAAAGCAGUUGGUGUUAUGAAGCCUGGCCAUGUGUUCACUAUUGAACCAAUGAUAUGCGAAGGUGGCUGGCAAGAUGACACUUGGCCCGAUGGCUGGACAGCGGUGACCAGAGACGGAAAGCGCUCGGCCCAGUUUGAACAUACCCUGCUGGUGACGGACACGGGGUGUGAGAUCCUCACCCGCCGCCUGGAGGACAACGGUCAGGCUCAUUUUCUGAGCCAAGUGUAGGCUGGACUGGACCUGGUGAACCCAUGUGACGUCCAGCACGUGCACAUCUCAUACACACCAGUACAUCGUCAGAUGAGAUACCGUGCUCCUGGAGUUCAGUGUCACUGUGCCUGUUGUUGUUUCAAUUAAAUAUCAGUCCUUAAAUUAAA